AUGGAUGAGGAAAGAUAUGGCAGUGCCGUGUUGCUACAGAUUGGUGCUGCCAACACUCUGAUCUUCCCGGUGGUGCAGCAGUUCACUGAGGCCUUCAUACAGGCCCUGCAGAUUCCAGAUGGACCCACUUCAGAUAGUGGCCUGAAGAUGGAAGUGCUAAAGGCAGUGACGGCUCUUGUGAAGAACUUCCCCAAACCCAUGGUGUCCUCUAUGCAACAGAUUCUACCUAUCGUAUGGAACACCUUGACAGAAAGUGCCUCUUUUUAUGUGAGAACUGAGGUCAACUACACAGAAGAAGUAGAUGAUCCAAUUGACUCUGAUGGUGAGGUCCUUGGCUUUGAGAACCUCGUCUUCAGCAUCUUUGAGUUUGUCCACACACUGCUGGAGAACAAGAAGUUCAAGAGCACAGUGAAGAAAGCUCUACCAGAGCUCAUUUAUUACAUCAUCCUCUACAUGCAGAUCACGGAGGAUCAGAUCAAGGUAUGGACAGCCAAUCCACAGCAGUUUGUUGAGGAUGAGGAUGAUGACACAUUCUCUUAUUCGGUCCGGAUAUCUGCACAGGAUUUGUUGCUGGCCGUUGCUGCUGAGUUUCAGAACGAGAGCGCUGCUGCUUUAGCCGCGGCUGCAACACGGCACCUCCAAGAGGCAGAGCAAGCCAAGAACACAGGCAGUGAACACUGGUGGAAGGUGCAUGAGGCUUGCAUGCUGGCCCUGGGGUCAGUCAAGACCAUCAUCACUGAGAAUGUAAAGAACGGUCGUGUGCAUUUCGAUAUGCAUGGAUUCCUUGCCAAUGUCAUUCUUGCUGACCUCAAUUUACCAGCAGCCUCUCCAUUCCUGUUGGGUCGGGCCUUAUGGGCAGCCAGUCGCUUCACCGCAGCAAUGUCCCCAGAACUCAUUCAGCAGUUCCUCCAGGCCACUGUGAGUGGUCUACAUGAGAGUCAGCCACCCUCUGUCCGGAUCUCUGCUGUGAGAGCGAUCUGGGGGUACUGUGAUCAACUCAAGCUCUCGGAGAGUACUCACGUCCUGCAACCCUUCCUGCCCAAUAUCUUGGAAGGGCUGGUGCAGCUCGCGGCUCAGUUCAGCUCUGAAGUUCUCACUUUAGUCAUGGAAACCCUCUGUAUUGUUUGCACCGUGGAUCCGGCUUUCACCACGAGUGCUGAGAACAAGAUCUGCCCACUCACUAUUGCCAUCUUCCUUAAGUACAGUAAUGAUCCUGUUGUAGCGUCUUUAGCGCAGGACAUCUUCAAAGAGCUUGCCCAGAUCGAAGCCUGCCAAGGACCCAUGCAAAUGCGCCUCAUUCCUACUCUUGUUAGCAUUAUGCAGGCACCGCCUGAUAAAAUCCCAUCUGGCCUUUGUGCUACAUCCAUAGAUAUCCUAACUACGGUUGUUCGUAACACUAAACCCCCGUUGACUGACAUGCUUGUGUGCCAAGCUUUUCCUGCAGUGGCCCAUUGCACUCUCCGCACAGAUGACAACACCACAAUGCAGAAUGGCGGUGAAUGCUUGAGGGCCUAUGUAUCCGUGGCGCUGGAGCAGAUUGCCCAGUGGCAAGAUGAGCAAGGCCACAGUGGUCUGUGGUAUGUCAUGCAGGUUGUCAGUCAGCUCCUGGACCCCCGCACAUCCGAGUUCACUGCUGCUUUUGUAGGUCGUCUAGUGUCCACUCUCAUUGCCCGUGCUGGCACUCAGUUGGCUGACCAGCUGGACCAAAUACUGCGUGCUAUUCUCAGCAAGAUGCAGCAGGCCGAGACCCUCAGUGUGAUGCAGUCCCUGAUCAUGGUUUUUGCCCACCUGGUCCAUUCCCAGUUGGAGCCCCUGCUGGAAUUCCUAUGCAGUCUUCCAGGUCCCACAGGGAAACCUGCCCUAGAGUUUGUCAUGGCUGAGUGGAUGAGUCGCCAACAUCUGUUCUACGGCCAGUAUGAAGGCAAAGUCAGUGCUGUUGCCUUGUGUAAACUUCUCCAGCAUGGUCUGAAUACAAAUGACAAGCGCCUCCAAGAUAUAGUUGUCAAAGGAGAUGAAAUUUUUAAUCCAGACGAGGGAAUCUGUACACGUUCCAAAUCAGCCAAGAACCCACAGCGGUGGACCAACAUUCCUUUGCUGGUAAAGAUCUUUAAACUCAUCGUCAAUGAACUGUCUUCUGUGGUAGAGGCUAAUGCAAAUAGAGCAAAUCCUGCAGACUGGAGCCAAGACUCUGGUGGAAUGUGGGACGAUCUGGCUGAGGAAGAGGAUGAUGAGGAAGAAGAUGAAGGAUUAGCAGGACAGCUUCUGUCUGAUCUCAUUGCCUGCAACAAAUAUGACGAUGAUUAUUAUGAGGAUGAUGAUGAGGAGGAUCCAGAUGCUCUGAAGGAUCCCAUAUAUCAAAUUGACCUUCAGGCGUAUCUGACAGAUUUCCUGACCCAGUUUGCUCAGCAGCCUUGCUAUAGCAUGUUUUCAAGCCACUUGAAUGAAGUAGAGAGAGGAGUCUUGCAGUCCAUCGGUAUGUGACCUGUAUACCCAACAUCGGCUCCUUGUCCUUUGUUUCCGUCUUUACCACUCAGUCAUCUUUUCAUCAAACUUGAACAUUUGAGUGGACUCGGAAUGCCUAUCGGACAACGUUCUUGAUCCAAAACUCAAAAGAGGACUUAAAGGUUUACGUGCCUCUCCCUGUGUUUUAUUAAGGGAAGGAAUGGACAAUGAUUUCCGGGGAUGUAAGAGCAGGGUGUGAGGGGCUCACAGACAGGACUGUGUGGGUGCAUUUGAAUCGGAUGUCAAAACAAUGCUGUGCUUUGAUAGACCUGUCUAGUAUGAUGAAUGAUUUUUUUGCAAAGGGCCUGGUAACGGUAUAGGAAUGAUUUAAAAAUAUCCACUGUCCAUUUGUACCUUCUCACUCUACUAAUUCAUGAUGGUUAAAAAAUCUUUCUGUAAAGGAAGGAAAAAGACUUCUGACAGAUGAUGAAUCUACACUUUGAAAAGAAGUUGGAACUGUUGACAGCCUUAUUAAAGUUCUCCAUGUUGUUUGUCAUUAUGUGGUCUCAUGAGAUGAUCUUUAUGGCUACACUGUUGGGUGAGCAUGAAGAAUAAUAUAGUGUUACCAUAGUGAUCCUACAGUCUUAUUAGCAGCAUUGUCUCCAUUGAGGUAUGAGAAGAAUUUCAAAAUA